AUGGAAACCACUUUGGAGAAUUUGCACUUCUCAUGUGAAGUCACACCAACACUAAAAGAAUGUCAAGUGAUUCAAAAGGUGUAUGGGUUUGGUCACACCAGCACAGGAGAGAGUUGUUGUGUUGUUUUUACUGACUGGAAAAUGCACAUUGACAUUGACUUAACACAAUCAAUUCCACAUGCAACUGAACAAGAGAUAUGCGAGAAGUUAUUUGAUGGUAUUGAAACAGCCAAUGACACCAUCAACGAGAAAAAAGCUAAGAAAAAGAGGUAUCAUAUUAUAGAGUAUAUAACAGUAUUUCAUAAAAGGUCAAUAGCUGGCUAUAACACUCGUCAUAUUUUUAGCCGCAUCUUUAUGAGGAAUUUUAAAGACUGUGGAAAACUUCGAAAGGUAUUGGGGGCGUUAGGGUUUGUUGUAUUUGAAGCUCAUCUGAAGAGUGAUAUUGUGUUCUUGAACGACUACGGAAUGCGAACAAUGACACUUUUGAAGUUUGAGGGGGUUGAGAGUUCAAGCAAAGAGAGUACCUGUACCCAUGAAAUCGUAGUGAGUUGUAAAGAUCUCAAGCGAGAGAUGUUCACAACACAAACACAAGACAUGAAGAAUAAUAAUUUGAAAAUCUAUUGGGGAAGUGAUGAGUAUACAAACCAUGUCCAAGGAGGGUUGAAAACACCUUCAUUUCAUGCAAAAGAUGAUGAAAACGUGAAGUUGUGGUUAUGUAAAAUGAAGGAAAAGGUCGAACGUGGUACUGAUGAAGUGUCAGUCAAUAUAAAUACGAUAAAUCUGUUUGUAGAAAAGUACAAUGCAAACCACAAGAGACUCGUGAAAGAGUCGCAUUUUCUGAAUUACAAAGUGUUGCCCAAAUUUGAUAAAGACGAUGAAAUUGAAUACAGGAACAAACUUGAAACACAAAGCAUGAGUAGCGAAGAUGAAGUUGAUAAAUUAGAAAAGGAGGAAGUUGUGAUAAAAGAAGAAACAACUGAAAUUAGAAAACACGAUGAAACCAAUGGUAUUGGUAGUGAUGUCCAUAAUGAAGAAAUUGAGAUAACACAAAUUGAUAUUCAGAACAACGAAAACGCUGUUACAUUCAAUCAAGAGAGAAAUGUUGAUGUCAUGUUCAAUCAAGAAAGGUGCGAGGAAGAGUCUGAACACAAUGUAGUAUCUGAAAUAGUUGACAAAUUCGAGAACUCUUUAGGGAUUGAGGAAGAGAAAAGUAGUAUAGUAUUCAAUCAACAAAUAAGUUCUGAGGAAGAACAAGAAUUUUCAAUUCCAUGUGUUCGAAAAAAGGAAAGUCAACCUUCAAUGUUACAAUUAGUUGACUGUGAUAGCGUUGCAGUAUCACAAGAACAUUCUUCACCAAGCGUUCUAAACGAUUCGCAUAUUUUUGGAACACAACGUCUUCUAUUUACAAAAAGCCAAAAUUUUGAAAAUGUGAAUUUUCAAAAUAAAACUGAAAAUUUUGUCGCAAUGUCAAAUAAAAAUGAUGUUGCGAUAAAAAACAACGAAAUUGUGACUUGCAAUGCACCACCAACAUUUGAAGAGGUGAUCAAUGACUUCAAGACAAACAAUGUUAAAGUAACACACGAGGGGCUUACCGUUUCUUCUACGAUAAAGAAAAGAGGAGAAAUGAAAGUGUAUAAAUACCUCAAACCGCCACCUUCGUUGUCUGAAAUCAUUCGUAAUGAAACAAAGUACGAACCACUUUAUUACGCUAACCACCCUUACGAGCUUGAACUCUUUUACUCUCAGACAAUAACUAAUCUUGAUAUUCCAUAUAAAUCCUCCCAUUUUAAUGUUCUCUUUUUUAAACUACUAUUUCGUCGAAUUGACGGCUUUAUUGGGGAUAAUCCAACACCAAACCACGAUAAGAUCGAAGGUGCGAUGUUAUACAGGUCAUCGAAAAGUGAGAAUUGUUUCAUUUUUGUCCAUACAUCACAAGACACAAUCAAUGAAUUUCACCGAAAUUGUCAUGAUAUCCAUACAAAAGAUUGUGUUGUGGAUUCCGAGCUUUCUGUUAUCGAAACGAUACUCACAGAGAUCAACACCGACAGCGACAUAAUUGUUUCAGAAGACAUCUCAUUCUCCAUGGACUUUAUUUCUAUCAGAUGGAAAAUGUCCACAACGAAGCCACAAGAGACGAUCAGUCGCUUAAUUGGAAGUUUGGGGAGUGAAGGACGUGUACUUUUAAGUUUUUGGUACAUCUAUAAGAAGUGUGGGAAUUACUCCAUGUUUGACAUUCAGUACAUUGCACACAAAGAAUUACAUGUAUUCCUACCACAAGUGAGUCAUACACAAUUCUCACCACUUGCUAAUGUCGUCACCAAUUUUCUUCUGUUCCAUUGUAGUAUUUAUUUAGUCGCAAAAUUUGGCUACUUCGAGCGAUUGAAGGAAUUUGCGACAUUUCAUUCGUGUCCACUUGAAGAGGAAAUAGAAAGAGGCACACAAUACCGUGUUGAAUGCUGUUUGAAACGUGUUUCUGAAGACUUUGAAUUGUUCUCCCCGACACCAGAAGACUUGGAAGGAAGUCGCCCGACGACAUGUGUACCUCUAGUGAUGGAACCAGUGUGUGGAUUUCAUGAGAAUCCAGUUGUAGUGUUAGACUUCUUGUCGAUGUAUCCAACAACGAUGAUAGCUUAUAACAUGUGUUACUCGACGUGUUUAGGCUAUUUGGAUGAUUUUGACACUCAUCGCCACAUUGGGCCGUUUUGGAGUGAUUUCGCUCGAACGACACUUUCUGGAUUAGAAAAUAACAUUCACGUUGCGGCAAAUGGAGUUAUCUUUGUCGAUGCGAUACUUCAAAAGGGGGUUCUCCCUUUAAUGCUUGAAGAGAUCUUAUCGACGCGACAACAUGUGAAAGACGAAUUAAAAACAUGUGAGAGGGGAAGUGACCGCAAUAAACAAAUUAAUACACAGCAAUUAGCACUCAAAUUGUUAUGUAAUGUGGUGUAUGGGUAUACAGGAGCGGGAUUUACUGGGCGGAUGCCUUGUUCUGCAAUUGCAGAUGCUACAAUAGAAACUGCUCGACAGACUCUAGAACGUGCGAUUGAGUAUGUUAGGAGUGUUUACCAUUUCAAUGUCAUUUACUCUGACACCGACAGCUUGUUUGUCGAAAUGCCACAUACAACAUUGCACGACGCUUUUGUUCUUGGGAAGGAAAUAGCUGCAAAUGUCACGAAAAGCCUUCCUCGCCCGAUGGAACUCCAAUUAGAAAAAGUGUAUUUUCCAAGUGUUUUAGUGACUAAAAAACGAUACUUUGGAAUGAAUUACAGAAGUGAAGAAUCAAAGCCAUUUUUGGAGAUUAAAGGCCUUGAAGCAGUGCGAAGAGACAGUUGUCGAGCAACAAAACACAUCAUGAUGGGGUGCAUCAAAUAUUUGAUGGGAAAGGAUGUCGACGCGCUACAACUCUAUUUACAAAAGAACUGGAAAUUGAUUGAAAAGGGUGAAUACAAUUUACUCGACUUUGUAAUCAGCCGACCUAUUCAUUAUAAUGUGUGGAGUACAAGAGGAAUGACUGUAGGCGCACAAGUCGCAUUAAAAGAGAAGAGCAAUGAUGAGACCUUCCAUUGUCAAGACUGGCAAAGAAUCAGUUAUGUCAUAGUAAAGUCAAAUUCUAAGAAAAUUUGUGAAAAAUCCAUAUCCCCUCAAUUCGCCGCUAAAAACCGUCUUGAAGUCGACGUAGACUAUUAUAUCGAGAAACAUAUCAAUAGUUCAAUUGGGAGGAUCUUACAAACUUGUGGAAUUGAUAUCAACAGUUGGAGAACUAAACAUUGGGUUAAUUAUUCUGAAACUAAUAGCACUUCUAAAGCAAGACUUGAGGACUUCUUUGGGUUGUUUGUUCUCUUCGAGAUUAUAUUCAAAACUAUACGUUAA